UAUAGUGUAUAACGGCUCAAUGCUGAGAACUCAGAUGGAUACCACAUGCCAGUCCUUGUGUCGCUCGCUGGUGAGCCAAAAUGAAAACAUAGACAUCUCUCAGUCGGUGCUCUACACCUCCCUCAUGGGCUUGUUGCUGGUGGCUGACAAAGAGAGAGAGAUAAAGCUGGGCAAUGGACAAGCUGGGCUGCAUAAUACCGGGAACACAUGUUUCCUGAAUGCCAUUUUGCAGUGUCUCUCCCACACUCAGGGGCUUAGAGACUACUGUCUGAGUAAAACCUACCUCCAAGACAUGUACUCCAGUCAAGAGCCAGAGUUGAUGAAUGAAUUCACCAAAAUUUUGGAAGAGCUGUGGUGCACAGAUGAAGAAAAAAGGGCGGUGAAUCCUAAACGCUUCUACCAUGUCUUUAAAGAGGCCUUGCCUUGCUUCAGUGGAUACAGUCAACAGGAUGCACAUGAGUUCUUGCGAUUCCUUUUGAACCGGUUACAUACAGAAAUCAACCGCCGACCCACUCAUCACACUGCUACUGCUAACACACCUGAGCCCAUCUACAAUCGAUUAAGAAUUUCAGAAGAAGCAGCUGCUAUGUGGAAGAAAUACGUGGACAAGGAUGACAGUAUAAUUGUAGAUUUGUUCUCUGGACAGCUGCGUAGCUCACUGCACUGCUCGGUCUGCUCACACUACUCCAACACAUUUGAUGUGUUCUGUGAUCUGUCGCUGCCUAUCCCAAAGACGAGUGACUCCAGAGCAGCUGUGACCCUCCGGGAAUGUUUGGAUCUGUUCUCACACGUGGAAAAACUCAGUGAAGAAAAUUCACCUAUGUGUGAGAAGUGUAAUCGUUGCACAGAGACCACAAAAAGUCUAACCAUCCAGAGAUUCCCUAAAAUCCUGGUGAUACAAUUAAAACGCUUUACAGCAUCAAGGUGUUCGAUCCGGAAAAGUACAGUACCAGUGUCUUUCCCUCUAACGGAUCUUGACUUGGGGACAUAUGGACCGAGUGAUUGUGGCCCAGUACUGUAUGAUCUAUAUGCUCUAUGUGACCACACUGGCACUGUGAACAUGGGUCACUACACAGCUGUCUGUCAGGAUAAAGGAGGUUGGUGCUGCUAUAAUGACUCAUGUGUUACCCAAAUAUCUGUGGACCAGCUUCAGUCCAGUCAGGCCUAUCUUCUCUUCUAUACACUUAAAAACAACAUGGCCUCCAGGAAAUGAAUCUCUUUUCAGACAUUAGGUCAAGACUUUAGCAGGCAAUUCCACUCCUAAGGAAAUGAAGUUUGUGUUCACAGACCUUCAACAGAAACAUGGAUUCAAUGAAACUAAAGGA